AUGGCUGCCAAAGUGAUUGGAAAGUUCGGCCUGGCGUUAGCAGUUGCGGGAGGCGUGAACUCUGCUUUAUAUAACGUGGAUGCUGGACACAAAUCUGUCAUCUUCGACCUAUUCCGUGGCGUACAGGACAUUGCAGUAGGGGAAGGGACUCACUUUCUCAUCCCUUGGGUACAGAAGCCAAUCGUCUUUGACUGCUGCUCUCGACCACUGAAUGUGCCGGUCAUAACUAGUAGCAAAGACUUGCAGAAUGUCAACAUCACAUUACAUAUCCUCUUCCGGCCAGUGGCCAGCCAGCUUCCUCAUAUCUACACCAGCAUUGGCGAGGACUAUGAUGAGUGGAUGCUGCCAUCUAUCACCACAGAGAUCCUCAAGUCGGUGGUGGCUCGAUUCGAUGCUGGAGAAUUGAUUACCCAGCGAGAGCUGGUCUCCAGGCAGGUAUGCUAUGACCUCACAGAGCGAGCAGCAACAUUUGGGCUCUGGCUCAUCCUGGAUGACAUGUCCCUGACACAUCUGACCUUCCUGAAGGAGUUCACAGAGGUGGUGGAAGCCAAACAGGUGGCUCAGCAGGAAGCAGAGAGAACCAGAUUUGUAGUGGGAAAGUCUGAGCAGCAGAAGAAGGCGGCCAUCAUCUCUGCUGAGGGGGACUCCAAGGCGGCCGAGCUGGUCGCCAACUCACUAGCCACCGCUGGUGAUGGCCUGAUCAAGCUGCAAAAGCUGGACAUUGCUUACCAGCUCUCCCACUCUCAGAAAAUCGCCUACCUGCAAGCAGGGCAGUCCAUGCUCCUCCAGUUUCCCCAGUAA